GACCAGUAUGUACUACCUGCUGAUCAGCCCGAAGGGGAGAGACUGAAUACCCAGUACGACAUAAUCAAGAUCGCAUUUGCCGGCCGAGUCAAGCUCGCCCCAGUCGAGCUCAAAGACGGAGAUCGUGUGUUGGAUGUAGCGACAGGAACAGGAAUAUGGACCCUCGAUAUGGCCUCGAUCUCGCCCUCUACCAUCCACUUCGAUGCCUUCGACAUAAGCACGCACCUCUUCCCCUCAUCAGCCCCUCCCAACACCCACUUCCUCCAACACUCCGUUCUCGACCUCCCCGCCUCAUGGACCAACACCUUCAGCCUCAUCAACCAGCGCCUCCUCGGCCCCGCGCUCACUCGCGCCGACUGGUCCACGGCCAUACACACCCUCUUCCGCGUGCUCAAACCCGGCGGCUACAUCCAGCUCGUCGAAUUCGACGGGCGCUGCACCACGCCCAAUCUCAAAUGCGGACCACACUCGACGCUUCUCAUGGGCAUCAUUGAACGCCUCUUCCCUGCGCGCGGGCUCCUGCUCGAGACGCACGACGUCGUUCCCGGCCUCGUGCGCGCCGCGGGGUUCGAGCAGAUCGAGAUGGAGCGGGUGGAGAUUCCGAUGGACGACGCGGCCGGUGAUUCGUGUGGGCAGAGUGCGGUGCGCAAUCGCAUGAACUGCGUGAACGUGUACAGGUCGAUGAAAGGCCCCAUUCUCAAAGCAAACGCGUUUGGUUUGGGGAUGGGCGAAGGCGGGGGUAUGACGGGAGAGGAGUAUGACAAGAUGAUGGAAGGUGCAGAGAGGGAGUGGGCGGCCGAUCCCAAGGCGAGGAUCCCGUUUUGGUCCAUCUGUGCGAGGAAACCU